ACCUAUAUUAAAUUCGCUAAGAUCCGAUGGGUUUUGUUAAUCGCGAAUCCGAUGGACGCUGCGCUUUAACGCUGACGAAUCAGUUUUUAUUACCGCAUAAUUAUAAAUAUUCACGCAUUUUAUUAAAAUGAUAAUCGUACUAAUUUAAAAUUUAUAAUCAUUAUAUAAAUAAAAGUAUUAGUUCACUGAAGUAUGAAGUGGCCCAAAGUUGUGAUUUUUAUAAAUAUUCUAGUGACAAAGUGCUGGACAAUGACUCAAAGUGAAUUGGACGAGUUCAGUGAUUUCAUACAAAAAACUUCACAGUUGGAUUUAAAUUUAAAAAGUAAUUCCGAUGUGGAGGGUGACGAAGACGAUGUGAUACAGGACAACGCGUGGGAGGAGAGCGGCAAGUUCGAAGGAGACCUAAUCCUGAAUGACCGGCAACGGCGCGUCAUAGUGGAGACAGUCGCCGAGGGGUUAUCGAGGAAUGGCCUUCGGGACACCACCAAGAGAUGGCCAGAUAAUGAAGUUAUUUACUUCAUUCAACGUGAACACUUUAAUGAUGACCAAUUGCAAGCCAUAAAGAGCGGUAUUGAAGAUAUAGCACAAGCAUCCUGUGUUAAAUUUCGACCGUACCAAAAAGGGGAUAGAGACGCGGUCGUCAUACAGGGUAGUAGACGCGGUUGCUUCUCCCAAGUGGGCUACCAAGGGGGUUAUCAAGUUCUAAACUUGUACGGGCGACACCCGGUAGGGCGCGGCUGCUUCAGGCACGGUACCGUGGUGCAUGAACUGCUCCAUACCCUCGGCUUCUACCAUAUGCAGAGCAGCCCUGAUAGAGACGACUACAUCGAUGUUCUCUGGGAAAACAUAAUUCAGCCCGCCAGACAUAACUUUCGAAAAUACAACACAUUUGCCGUUUCUGAUUUCGGUAUUGGUUACGACUAUGAAAGCGUCCUGCACUACAGUAGAAAGGCAUUCUCAUCAAAUGGACAAGAUACUUUAGUACCAAAACAGAACGGAGCAAGUAUCGGACAAAGGCUUGGAUUGUCUGAUAAGGAUACACAAAAACUAAAUAAAAUGUACUGUGAUGCUGACUCCAACAGUGAUGAUGAAAGUCAAGCCCCUCUACGAAAACCAAAUAAGAAGGAGAAUUCUAAAAACAAACCGUUCGAAGGCCAUGGCAUUGGCUACCAUCAAGGUAAAACUGUGGUUAUUAAACUACCAGCGGUAGAAACUUAUCGAGUACCAGAUGUACCAACAUUUCAUUUGUUUGAUUAUUUUAGUAAAGCGCCACAAGUAUUGUCGCAAACGCUUACCGAAAAAAGUGGAUUCAGAGGAAGAAUAGUACCAUUACAACAUAGUUUAAUUCCACUACUGCCAGCUGAAGAACGGCGUCCAGUGCUACCAAAAGCCAAGCAACCAGAUCAAUAUAAAAUGAUAGAAAUGAGACCAGAAAAUUUACCCGACGAUGAUAACAUUGCUCCACCAAUACCGGAAGAAAAUUUAAAGAAGUACCAAUCAGACAUAAAACAUUACAUUAACAAUAUUAUGUUCGCCAAUAAAGAAGAAAAGGACGAUCUUGAUCAAAAACCAAUUAAAUUAGAAGCAGUAAAUCAAGCUGACGAAGAUUAUGAUUACCCUAUCGAAGUAUCAAAUAUUUAUAAAAUUAGGAAUGAUUAUAGCGGAUUUUACACGCCUAAGCAAAAUUACAACAGUGGAUAUGAAGGUUUGAACGUAAGGGACAAAGACAAAAUAGUUAAAUAUGAUACUAACACUAAUAUGAAUGGACAUGAUAAUGAAAAUAAAUCUGACUUAGUUCUUAGUCCUAAUUUACCAUAUUAUGAGACUAAAGAUUUUAGCAAACAUAACAAUGGUGAUGAUUUUGAAGAAGAGAUUAGUUAUAAAACAUCAAAUCCUAUACAUAAACAAAAUAAACAAAAUUUUGUACCGAGGCUUAGUAAUGAACAUUUUUUUCAUACAAAUGAUUAUAAAGAUCAUGAACCUAAUAACAAAAACCCGCCUGUUGGCAACUGGAAUAACUAUUAUGAAUUUAAAAAACACAAACAUGAGGGCAAUUUAAAUAAAGAAAAUAAAGAUUUCCAUCACUUGGAAAGGAAUAGCAAUAAAAGUAGCAUGCGCCUGCAAUAUCCAAUCGUAGAUAAUAGUGAUUGGGGACUGGGCAGAUAGGUUUUUAUAUUAAAUUAAUUUGCUAUAAGAUUUUUGUGAUAUGUUUUAUUAUAGCAUGUCUUAAUAAUUAAUUGUACAUAAUGUAAGUUAAUAAAGUUUUCA